GUGGGAAAAAGGAAACAAUCCUUAAAAGGCACUGUUUGCAUGACUGGUCAUCAGAUAUCAUGGAACAGCAGCACCUGGCCAGGUUGCUAAGAUCCUUUUGAGCAGUGUGAGUGCACUGUGGUUUACUGCAGCGAGAUUAAACUACAGGUUGGAUAGCAGAUCCAUGUGGAUUGAAUGCACCAUAGAUUGAUAUAUUUACAUUGGAUAUAUUUCUGCUCAGGAAACAAAAAAAUUGAAGAAAAACAGAUGGAUUAAAUAACACACAAUUGUAGAAAUCUAAACUACAAUUUGUUAAAAGCUCAGAGGAUUAUGACUUAACGGCUACUAGGUCACUAUUGUUUCCUUGUGUUCAAAGCAAAUCAAUUGCCAUAAGGGAUGCCUUAUCUCACACUUAUGGAAAUUAAUGUGUGAAAAUCAAAGCAAGAGAUAACUCUGCCAAUUAACAGUACAGAGAGAAUCAGUGCCAAUAUUUUACGUAUCACUUUUACUAAUCAAGGGAUCCUCCUCUUCUUUUUAAGAAUCCUUUUGAGUGUUAUCUGGAAAGAUAAACAUUGCAUUGUUCAGUAUUCAGGCAAUGGGUACUGAUUGUCAACAUGUUCUUCAAAUAAGUGACUCAAAGUAUCCGUCUCUCAGGUCACUUCAUCAGUCUGCCAAGUCCACCGCUGUCGGGAAAGGCAAAGUUGGACAACACUCUAAGAUGUUUAUUUGGACCAGUGGCCGGUCCGCCUCAUCGUACAGACCAGAUGAAAGAAGAAACUUUUACCAUAAAAUCAAGGACCAUGACCUUCUGGACAAAAGGAAAACUGUGACAGCACUAAAAGCGGGAGAAGACAGAGCAAUCCUCCUGGGGCUUACAAUGAUGGUCUGUUCCAUUAUGAUGUAUUUUCUCCUAGGAAUAACACUACUUCGUUCAUACAUGCAGAGUGUGUGGACAGUAGAAACUCAAUGCACGUUAUUGAAUGCUUCGAUAACAGAAACCUUCAACUGCUCUUUUAGCUGUGGUCCAGACUGCUGGAAAAUCUCACAGUACCCCUGUCUACAGGUCCAUGUAAACCUGACCUUAUCGGGACAGAAGGUUCUUCUGUACCACAAUGAGGAAACUUUGAAAGUAAAUACAGAGUGUUCAUACAUACCACAAUGUGGAAAAAAUUAUGAAGACUCAAUGUCACUUGUUAAUAUCAUCAUGGAGAACUUCCGGAAACAUCAAAGAUUUUCAUGUUUUUAUGAUCCAGAAGGAAAUCAAAAGAAUGUCAUUUUAACCAAACUUUACAGCUCCAAUGUAUUAUUUCACGCAUUAUUUUGGCCGACAUGUAUGAUGAUUGGAGGUAUCGCCAUCGUCGCCAUGGUGAAGCUCACACAGUACCUCUCCCUUCUAUGUGAGAGAAUCCAAAGGGUCAACAGAUAAAACCAGUUCUGAAGUUACUUUACAACAGAAUACUGUUUCUUUUAUUUUCAUUCUUCACCAAAGAACCUUAAGUUUGUAAUGUGCCAGUCUGUUUAUAAGUUCCUUAAUCUAUUCUUAUAAGUAGAGCAAUAAUGCAAAAUCUGUUCUUUAUGCAAACAAAAUGUCAUAUUUGGAGAAAGAAACUGUGGUAAUUAUUUUGUGGUCUUCAGUCUUUUAUUUACAGUCAAAACAGGGCUCAUUUAAGGGGAAAAUAUCUUGACAUUCUGUCUUAUAAAAGUCUUAUAACAUCCUAAAAAACAAAUAAAUUUUGUGGUUUUGAUUUUUA